UGUGAAGAAUAAACGAGAGAGAGGAGCAGCGCUCUGGCUGUAUUGAUUUGAAUGCUUGGAACAAAAAGAGAGAGAGAGAGAGAGAGAGAAUUGUAGCCACUUUUUCAGAUGGUUUCUCUCACCUGGCACAGUUUGAGGUUACAGGAGAGAUGCAGGACCUUGUGUAUCUGCGAAAGAGUGAAAUAAAUGUGAGAAGAACUGCGAGAGCUAAUCUAUCAUUGUUAAAGGAGAAUGUUUGUGUGUGUGUGUGUGUGUGUGUGUGUGUGAAGAUGUAAGCUACAAAGGAAGGAGACAUGGACCCUCGUGUUCAGGCUACUGGGACCUGCUGAAAGCAAAUUCGCCAGGAUAUUUUUACUGGAUGCCUUGCUGUUUUUAACCCUCAGUGAUGCUUUUGAAUGGCACGUGGUUUAUGAACUGAAGAUGAAAAUCUGGAGAUGAUAACUGCAUUUUGGAUGCUGAAAAAUAUAUCGUGUGGUUAAUUUAUGCGUUAUGAAGUAGUAAUGAGUUUUAAUUGUUCUUAUGGACCGAAGCUACCUCUGGAUGCAUUUUUUUGCACAUAAAAUGAACGGGAAAAAAUGGAAAUGGAUGGAAAAGAGGUGCUGCAGAUUGUUAAGGAGCUGGUGUCGCCUUCUCGUCGUCGUGCCAGUGGCAGGUUUGCAGCAUCUGACUCAGUGCAGGAUGCUGCAGUGAAGUUGGAACAGGAGCGAGCUGAAAUACUCGCCAAAUAUGAGAAGGGUAAAGAAAGUGCCAAGGAGGAGCCGUGGGAGGAGGCCAAUUAUGAUCUGUAUAAAGUGGUGGACCGCUUCGGCUUCCUGCAUGAGAAUGAGCUUCCACAAUACGACGUAGUGGAGGAGAAGCAAAAGCAUCUGGAAGUUGAGAGAACGACAAAAUGGCUGAAAAUGCUGAAAAGCUGGGAGAAAUACAAGAACAGUGACAAGCUGGUAAGAAGGAUCUAUAAGGGAAUUCCACUGCAGCUCAGAGGUCAGGUUUGGUGUCUGCUUCUCGACAUCCCCAAAAUUAAGGAGGAGAAGGAGGAUUUCUAUGAGAAACUGAAGGUCAGAGCGAAGGGUUUGUCUCCUGAUAUUCGUCAGAUUGAUCUGGAUGUGAAUCGUACAUACAGAGAUCACAUCAUGUUCAUGCACCGCUAUGAUGUCAAACAGCAGGAUCUGUUUCAUGUGCUCACGGCAUACUCUGUUUAUAACACGGAGGUGGGCUAUUGUCAGGGCAUGAGUCAGAUCACUGCUCUGUUGCUUAUCUAUAUGAAUGAGGAAGAUGCGUUUUGGGCGCUGGUCAAACUGCUGUCUGGACAGAAAUAUGCCAUGCAUGGUUUCUUUGUUCCAGGGUUCCCUAAACUCAUGCGCUUCCAGGAACAUCAUGACCAUAUCCUACAGAAGAUGAUGCCUAAACUCAAACAACAUCUUGAUAAUCAAGAGGUGUUCGCCAGCCUGUACACUUUAAAAUGGUUCUUUCAGUGUUUCUUGGAUCGGACCCCAUUCACGCUUACGCUGAGAAUAUGGGACAUUUAUAUUCUGGAAGGAGAGCGAGUUCUGACCGCGAUGUCGUACACCAUCCUCAAACUCCACAAAAAGACCCUCAUGAAGUUGUCCAUGGAGGAGCUGGUGAAGUUUCUGCAGGUGACUCUGUCGAAGGAUUUCUUUUAUGAGGAUGACUUUGUGAUAGAGCAGCUUCAGAACUCAAUGUCUGAGCUCAGACGCUCUAAACUGGACCUGCCACCACCAGGUAAGGAGGAAGAGUUUCCUAAGAAACCAUUAGGUCAACUUCCCCCUGAGCCUCCAAGACUGGUGGCAGCAGCAGCAGCAGCAACCAAACAUGUGGCUAACGGGCAGCCAAAUAUACAGUCUGGUGAAGGACUGGCCCCUCGUGGUCCAAGUCCUACAGCAAGUGUCGGUAAACAAAUAGAGUCUGGUCUCAUCACUGAUGGUUCACCAGAGAGGUACAUAGAGAGUCAAUCACCCAGCUCCCUGGACAAGGUGCACCAUCCGGACAAGAUCGAUAGGGAGGGGCGGGGUGUGGACACUCAAAAGGAAAGAGUCCCAACCCAUAUGCCCAACAGCACCGUCACAGACGGUGGGAAGAUAUCAACCCAGAACCAGACAAAUCACAACUCUAGUGUUAGAUCCAGCAUGCGCAGGGACAUUGCACCCCGCUGGGUCAAGCCUUCCGACAGAAAACUGGAAGCAGUCAAGGCGGCAGCCCUUCGAGAGAGCCAAUUAAGUCUCACCAUGGGUGUUACACCCUCGCCCAGCUCCCCAACUCCAGAGGAGGCCACCGGGGAACGCCGGCCACGUUCCCGAGGGUUUGUUCCAGGCUCCAACCGUGCCUCCAACGCCUCGCAAUAUGAUAAUGUCCCGGGACCAGAUGGAGAGGUUAUGGAGAUUAUAGAGCUGGAAAAGCCACCCUCUCGUCCCCCAUCCCGGCCAUACAGUGGACCUUCUAUGAGGCAAGGCAGUCCCACUCGUCCCCCUAGUGGCAGAACCAGUGUCUCUCCCUUUAGAAUGCCCAAACAGAGCAUGAUCUCUAAACCAGAACCCCACGCACCUCUGCAUUACCCACCCGGCAUGACACCCGUCUACACUUCCUAUGAUUCUCGGCCAGAGGAGAGACUGUACAGCCAGCCAUACUCUGAGCAAAUCUAUGGAACAAUGGCACGUACCUCUUCCAACAGUUCGCCACAGAAAGCACUGAUGAACAACAGCUAUGUAACCUACCGACAGCCGCCACCCAGCAUGCCCCCUCUUAGGGUAGCUCCUGCAGAGCUUCCGGCCCAGAUGGACAAUGUUGGCGAGUAUUACCUUCAACAACCUACCCGACUAAUGGGGUCUCCUGCUUACCCACCCACAGAACUGCAUUAUGAGAGACACAAGCGGAGAGAGGGCUGGUAUGGGGACAUGGAGACAGGGCCUCCCCGCUCUCCGGCGGGAUUACCUCGAUCUCCCAGUUUCCAGAAAGCUCAGCUAUCGCCCAUUCAUCCAGUUGAGGAGUUUAACUUUGCCCCUGCAGCCAUCUCGGACGCUAUGCUCCACUUAAGGAGACCCUACCAGGAGCAUUCUGGCAGGCAACAGCUCCCCCAGCUGUUUGGAGGAGUACACUACAGGCAGGAGGCCUUUGCAAUGCAGGAGUCAAUGCUGCUCUGAGGCGAAUGGACAGGGACAGGAAUAGAGGGACACAGAGUGCAAGUGAAUGCUAGCAAGCAGGUUUGUGUUGAUAAGUGUCUGUGUGCGGUUUCACUUGUUUGUUUGUUUGCGUUGCAAGUCUUAUUGUACCGAGUAAAGGUUUCCAGUUUCAGGCAUUUAUACUUAUCAAAGACUGACUGAAGAAUUUAUUUUUGUUUUUGUCAGUAAAAUAAUCAUUAACUGCCUAUGUGACCUACAAAAUUGAAUUUAAACAUGCAAAGAAUUUAAACAUGUUUUUUGUUUUGUUUUUUUGUUAGCACAUAUGAACAAAUUCAUAUGGUUACUGAUCAAUUCAUCUAUUUUUUAACAAGUUUGUUUGACAGAUAAAUACAUGCUUUAUAGGACACAUUAUUUCUUUAAUUGUGAAUAUAUUUUUCAAGAACAAAGAUUUGUGUAGGUACAAUAUGUAUAAUUGUGAGCAACUGUAACAGUGAUAACCACUGUUGGAUUAAACAUUUCAAAGCAUCACAUACAGUGUUCAAAUUAAAGUUAAAACCUUUGUAAGGUUUGUUUUUUGAGGUUAUAGACCAAUCAGCUACAACAUUAAAACCGCCUGCCUAAUGUUGUGUAGGUCCCCCUCGUGCCGCCAAAACAGUGCCAACCUGUGGAAUGGGCUGGUUUGAGUAUUUCUCUAACUGCUGUUCUCCUGGGAUUUUCACACACAACAGUCUCUAGAAUUUUCUCAGAAUGGUGCCAAAAACAAAAAAACAUCCAGUGAGUGGCAGUUCUGUGGACGGAAACGCCUUGUUGAUGAGAGAGGUUAACAGAGAAUGGCCAGACUGGUUCAAACUGACAGAGUCUAUGGUAACUCAGAUAACGGCUCUGUACAAUUGUGGUGAGAGGAACAGCAUCUCAGAAUGCAGUGAGCUCAGAAUGCUAUUCUGAGAUGCGGUUUGUCGCUGUUUUGGCGGCACGAGGGGGACCAACACAAUAUUAGGCAGGUGGUAUUAAUGUUGUGGCUGAUCGGUGUAUAUUGUAUUUUUUUCUCUCCAGACUGUAAACUUUGUUUUUAUACAAAGACAGACACAUGCGUGAACGCUGUGUUUUACAAUAAUAUAAUGACCGAAACAACUGCACAACAUUCCACAUAACACACAGUCUUAAUGCAUCCCACUGAUUUUCUGUUUAUCAGAAUUAUUAUCACUGCAACAAGCAAAUUUAUCCCAUGUCUUACUCAUAGAAAGGCAAGCUAACUCAUUCUGUUGUAGCCUGAAUUACAUUUGCUUCUUUCAGGCUUGCCAUUAUAUAAACUGGUUUAAUAUACUCCAGUUUAUAUAGCAUUCCAGUUAUGAUUUAUGGAUCAAGGAAUUUUUCUUUGUUAAAUUAACAAAUGCAACUUAUCAGAUUUUCCCUUCUCUAAUAAAACAACAUGAGGUGAUAA